UUGUAUGACUUUGUCCACCUCCAAUGGGGGAAUUCCUCCUAACAGAGCAGGGAAGGUGAAGGGUUAAUGUGUGGCCGGGGAAACCUGAUGCUAAUGAAGUCUUAGGAAUGCCACAGACUGACACUGGAGCGCACAGAGUGGCUCAGGCGUGGACAGAGCCAGCACUAAUGCGUGGGUCUAAUGUUUUUAUUUCUUACUGACAGUCAGAGAAGCCACUCUGUCUGUCAGGAGCUGCACAUCCACUCUGACAAACUUUACUGGGACUAAGUAGAAACACAUCUGAGGACUGGCCAUGAUCUUUGGUGCGUUUCUCUAGGAUUUUACGCGUACCUCGAUUUUUCCUGUCAUUUUAUUUUCUAGGGUGUGUGUGUGUGUGUGUGUGUGUGUGUGUGUAAUUGCUGCAAAAUGAUUUUACUAUCAGGAGUGCUGUUGCUGUUUCUGUCGUGGAUUUCAUUGCACGGAGAAGCUGCCGCAGAGAGCUGCCGUGGGGCUCAGUGCCACGGAAAGGAAAGCGCAGAUCCGAGACCGUGCACCGGUGCGCACUGUCCGGUGGGGAGGCACUCCAGACCUCCGCGGCAGUUCGCUCCCACGGUGCAGGGGAGAGCGGCGCAGGUAGUUGGCAGUCAACACCACGCACACCAGGGUUCUCCGAGAGCUGCGUCGGAGGUUCAUCCAGCCGCACAUCCACAGACGCUCCGCGGAACACGCAUCGCGGCGCCCGAACUUGGAUGCGCCGAUGCGGACUGCGCCGCUCCAGGGAAGCACGUCCAGCCCACCAAUGACACCCGAGACUGUAGGGGGAUCGAAUGCAGGCUGCCGCUGAGGAUACGGCCAAAAGCUCGAGCGAAGUCCUGCGUGGGAGAGGGAUGCGUGGCCGAUCCGGAGGACCAGCUUCCUCCCGUCCAUCUGUCCGACAGAGCCGCGCAGUUUCUGGGAGAUUUUCCGGAGUUUGGAUAUCCGUCGUCGGAACUUGGCGGUGCGCCUUUGGGUGUCCAGCUCACAUGUGACAUCAAGCCAGGGGAGAAUGAAGUCCCCUCUGAAGAUGCCCUCAUCCUGCACCUCCAGUUGGCCAAGGGUCAGGAGAAGCUGGUGGAGGCCCUCCGUGCCCAGCAAAUGGUCAUCCGAGACCUGCAGCAGAAGCUCGCCGACCAACAGGAGGCACUACUGUCCCAACAACGGGAGAUCCUGGAGCAGCAGAGGCGCAUGUACGAACAGAUGGAUGUGGUAAAAGCCCAGUAUGGCCUCCUCUCAGAUACUGUCAAACAGGUGUCCUUCCAGGGCCUGCAGGGUGAGCUGCAGAGCUACUUUGAGAGUCACCUGGCGGGUCUGCAGAGCCAAGCCCGUAGUCACCUGCAGAAGUCCUACGCCGUUCACAAAGUGGACAUGGACUCCAAGGUGAUGGACGUCAUAGGGGAGGCUCAUUUCCCUCAGCCUCUGCUGGGGUGCCCCUCACCCUGUGGACCAGAGGAGUUCUGUGACUUUCAGAAGGACCCACCACAGUGUGUGAAGUGCACCAUGUGUCCACCCGGCUUCUUCCUCAUCUCACAGUGUUCUCCGACAGCAGACAGGAUGUGCCAGGACAGAGACGAAUGCUUAGAAUUACCAAACAUCUGCGGAGAGAGAGUGAAGUGCCUCAACACUCCGGGAGGGUUCAGGUGUUUGGGCGUUUCUGAGCGAGAGGCGGUGAUGGGUUUAUGUGGUCACGACUACUUCUAUAAUCAGGAGCUGCAGGAGUGCCAGGCCUGUUCUGACUGUGAUGGAGAGCCUGUCACCGUUCCCUGCACGGCCAUCAGCGAUGCCAUCUGCAAUCCACUGUCAGAGAGCCAGCUGUCUCAGGCUUGGGGGGCCACUGUGGCAGUUCCCUCUGUUAGGACCUCUGGCGGCCACAUCUUCCCUGGGCUUCAGCUAAACAUCCGAAGCAAACAGAGCACUGACCUGUUGUCCAAUGAGGCGGGGCAGGUGACCUUCCUGCAGCAUGGUUUAGUGUGGUUGGAUCAUAACUUUGCGAUAAAGCACAGCUGCAGGAACUUCCUGCAGGUGGGCAUGAGGCUCAAUGGGAGCCAAGAAGAAGAAGGUCGGGACCUCAGUGGAGUUCGCAUUGAGCAGCCUGAUGGGAAGUACUUCCAGGGGGUUAGCAUUAGCAGUGGAGUUGAGGUGGAGCCUAAUCACACCUUAACUUUGCUGCUGAGGAGUCCAAACCAGUACUGCAACCAAAGCAAGGACAUCCAUGUCUAUGAUGUCACUGCGCCGUCUUUAAGUCUGCUCUGGUUGUCGCAUGAUACGGGAGCCGUCGCAAUGUCUGCUCAAAUGUCUCUGCUGUCACACUACCAGACAAGCUACCGCCCCACGUUCCGCAUGACCUCGGUGUCCGACCCCUAUAUGAUCAGUCUGACGCACGACAGCCGUGGCAUUCGCUUCACAGAAAGUGGCGUGGUGAAGUUCGUCCUCCAGCAGGCGCUUUACUCCAUGGGUCACACUUGUAUUCGCGAGGGUUUCUCCCUGAUCGCCUACACCAAUCAUAACGGAACGGGCCAGGAGGCAACGCAAGCAUUCAAGACUGGGGUUAACUACAGGGACACCUCCAUCACCCUGUCUGGUGCUGUCAACGUGGACAGCGGAGACACGCUGAGCUUUGAGAUCACAUCCCCGUCCCAGUGUAACAUCCGUUACUUUGGGGACAGUACUGGGAUCAGUAUGUUGAGCCUCAUCUGGAUUCCCUCAGCUGUGUCGUCGUCCCUGUCCGCUACCGUGUCCAGGACCGGCCUUCCUUUCGGAGCGGUCAGGAAUAAACCUCUGUUGUUCCAGCAGAUCAGCUCAGACACGCCGCAGGUUCACUUGGCCCGUUCAGGAGAACCGCACAGCCGGAAGAACUUUAUGUUCCAUGAAAAAGGGACAGCGAAUGUAGCCCUGAACCUGAAGCUGAUCCACUCAUGUAAUAUAAUAAAACUCACUUUACACCAGGUGGGAGGUCCAGGUCGUGGUGGGCAGGGGCAGGCAGGUCCUGUGGCUCAGCAGGUGUCUGGGUAUAUGCCUGAGGGGAGUGAAUGGGCCAGUAUAGGGCUGAGGGCCUCAUUCCAGGUCCAGAAUGGUACAGCAGUGUAUGUUACUCUGGACUGUAUCCGUGGACGAGUUAACCAGAUAACGCACGAGGGCGGCACUAACAUUUCAAUCCUCUGGAUUGCUGUGUGAUUCAGCGCGAUGGAAACUUUUUCAUCAGUACAUUUUGUUUUCAUGAACUAAAAGACAGUUUGCACAUGAUUGAAUUGCAGAGCAGAUUCAACAAUUUACCAAACGACAGAAAAGAAAAAAUGCCUCAUUCAUUUACAUAAUGUCAUAUUGAUGUUUUUGAAUCUAUAUUUCAUGCCCUGUUUAGACGUUUUUAAUUGUAAAUUGUCUCUAGUGUAUAUUUUACACACUGUAAGUACUGCUUUUGCUCUAAGUACUUCGGCUGGUUGAGCAGUGACCAAUUCUUUGUCAAACGUUUUGUGUGUGUAUGGAUGAGUGUGUGUAUACAUGUGAGUAAUUGAUGCUUAUGUACAAUAUGUAUGUAUGUGCAUGUGGACACACACACUGGCAUGCCUACUUUUGCAUGAAUUAGUUGUUUAACAUAUAUAUUCUACCAAUUCUGCACAUGUAUAUUAUAUGUAUCAAACUUUUUGUAUUAUACUGUAUCUUUAGGUCUUUAAAUGCAAUAGACUAAUGCAAUGUAGUUAACCUGUGUCAUCAGGAAUUUUGAUAAUUGAUAAUGUUUUUUAUUAUAUUUAUUUACCUUUUAUAAAACAAAACUAUUGUAUUUCACUAUAGAAUGCAUAUAUUUGUUAGGUGUGAGUAAAAAGUAGGACAUAAAUAUGUAAAUUAUACAGUGAGGCACUGAACAAGCAGUGCUAAUAAUCAAGUACAUGCAGUUAUAGCGUUUAUUUGCACAAGUAUAGUUUAACAUAGUAUUAUGGAAUGUGCAAACAUCAUACUUUGUUAUUCUUUUGCCUAAAUGAUGUUUCCCUGUGAAGAGUUGCCCAUGCAUAUCGUUCCUAAUUGCCUCUGUGUGUGUUCUGUCCUCUAAACAAUUAGGCAUAAUUAAGUGUUUCAGAGAGUUGGCAGCGAAGGCGCCACUGAAAUUCUUCAGCUUUAUUCUCACUUCAUUAUGUUUAGUGAUGUUUUUCUCUUUGUGUGUAUGUGUAUGUGUCUAUGUUCAGGCACCCUGCACAUGUCUUUUGGAACAUCAGUGCAUGCAUACUUGUUUUAAACCAAAUAAAAUGUACAUAUAUUUUGCCAGAAAAGGAAUUUCACUC